AUGGUGCCUGGCGACGAUCUUCUCGGCCCGAAGGUGGCUGCCGGAGGAGACACGGGAGGCGGAGUCAGACAGCAGGAGGGACAUGAGAGUGACGGGGGGGACGUCUCCAACGGGCCCCAGGGCUUGGCGCUCGACGGAGGCCUUCGAAGACGAACUCUGAGACGAGCAGACGCGUCGUCUCUCCCUGCAGCUUCCUCCGCCACCGCUGCCGCACGUUCGGGCGCGUCUCCGUUUUCUCAGAUUCUACAGGAGUCUCCUGGCGGCUCCGCGGCUCCUGCCGUCCCGCUUCCGCCUUCCCCGGCCCCGCCUUCUACCUCCCCGCCCGCUUCCGCUCCAACGUCUUGCUCUCCCUCAGCUUCUUCGCGUUCUGCUUCGAACCGGCUGCGGGGUUUGUCGCGUUCGUCGCCUUUCCGUCUGCGCUCGCGCAUUUUUUCUUUCUUUUCUGUGUAUUUCUCUUUUUUUUUCGGGGGGUGUUUCGGGCUGCAUUGGCGACACCUGGGGUGCUGGGCGCGCUGGUGCCUGCGCGUCUUGACGUUCUCCGCCCUCGGCGUGCACAGCUUUUUCGAUUUCUUUCGGCUGCCCGGCGCAGUGCGCGCAUUCAACCGCCAGCAACAGCAAGCCUUCGUGCGCGACCAGCUCAUCGACCGCCUCAAAAAGGCCCACAGAAAAAACAGCCAGGCCGCGGCUCGCGCGCAUGUCCGCGGUGCGUCUCCGCCGGCCCCUGCCCCGGAUGUCUCGGAGCCUCCGCUGCCUGCAUCAUCCGAUGCGGAGCUCGAGAACGCGCGCCGACUCCUGGCCGCGAUCGACGCUGCAGGCCCCGACACGCACGGGGAGGUGGACCCUCUCGCUCGCAGGCUGCUCACGCUGCGUGAAGAUCAGGACGCCCUCCGCGAGCAGACCGAGGCGCUGCGGAGAAGACGCGAGAUGCUUGAGGCGCAGCUCGCGCAACUGCGCGCCACUUUCCCCUUGCCCGCCGCGGUGAGUCUGCCGCCUGCGGCCUCGCCCGCGCCUGCAGCGGCUGUGUCGACCUCGCCUCUGCCUUCGCUUCCGGUCUCUCGCGCGUCGUCCUCUCUCACCUCGCUGUUCGCUGGCGCUUCGCCGAGUCGGCGGGCGGUCACGGAGGCCGAUCUGAGUGAGCUGCUGCGGCUGCAGAGCGUUGAGCCGCAGAUUUGCUCGGUGCCACCGCGCGCGGUGUCUCAUGUCGCCGGCGUGAGGAGCGGAGCAGACAAGAAGACGCAGGGAGCGCAGGCCGCGGCUGCGGCGACGUCGCGGCGCAGCUUCUGGAGCUGGUGGGCGCUUGUGCCGUGGUCGAUGAUGGCACGCGGCUUCUAUGCGCAUGUGCUGUGCUGCUAUGUCGUGGACGUCGCCUUUUGCAACGCGGAGCUGUCGCCGCUGAGCGCGCCUGUCCCGCGGUACGUCUUCCUCCUGCUGCACGCGCUCGCGCGCGCCCUCGCCGUUUUCGCCGCGAAUUUCUCAAGUCUCCCCCGCCUGCCGCUCCACGUUUUGUGCAGCGCCUUCUUUUUCUGCGUCACGACCUCCUGCGGAGCCGCCGCGGCGCUCCUGGCUCUUCCGGAGCUCUCGCUCGUGGUCGCGCAGUACGCGCCCGCGCUGCAUGCACGGGUCUUCGCGCCGGUCGCCGCGAUGUUCCGCGAGGGCUGCCUCACGCUGGAGAGCGUCGACGCGAAGGCGCGGCUCCCCUUCGCACUCCGAGAUGACUUCUACGUCACGGGGCAGCUCGUCGCCCUCGUCCUCGUCGCUGUCUCCGCUUUCGUGGCUACCGAGGCCCGCGAGGAGGCGGCCGGCCACUGGCGCAGAGGCGAACUCAGCUACUGCAGAGACGUCCUCGCGCUCCUCGCGCUCCUCGACCGCGAAGAACGCGAGGCGAAAGCGCGGCGCGCGCGCUUGGCAGCCACUCCACAGCGUGCCGCGGACGCUGAAAAGAGCUGGUGUGCGCGGCGACUACGCGCAGAGGCGCCAGGCGACUCACACCAGCCGCCCGUCAAAGGCGGCAAGGGGACGACACGCGACCACGCGGCUGAAGCUGGAGAGCCGCAAGAGGAGAGAGAGGAGGAGCCGAGAAGCGCAGGAGUCCGGGCUGAGGGCCCCGCCCCGCAGACAGGGGGCGGAGACACCCGAGACGCGAGCGGGGCUUUGCUGUCGACGCUGGGGACGGCCGAGGCGAAGGCGGAGGAAUUUGAGGAGGACUGGCGGCUGACGUCGCUGGUAGCCCAGGCGCAGCAGAGACAUCGCGCGCAGAUUCAGCAAGGCCCGCGCGGGGCGUUUGCCGGGUGGCUGAGGCGCCACGCCGUCUCCUUCUUGGUUGGGGUGUGUGCACUGGUGUUCCUUCUCGUCUGGUUGGGCGUCGUGACGCUCGCGGCGUCUAACGUGGCGAUGCGGAUGGAAGACCAGACCGCGGCGAAGGUUUUCACGUUCAUGACGGGAGGGGACGUGAGUGUGAUGUCGCCAGAGCUCGAACAGCUGAAGGAGGAGUUCUUUCUGCUGUACGACCAGUUCCGCUACUUGAAGAGACAAAAGGGGUGGGGCGGGGCGCUGGGGCAACUGGCGACGAUGUUCUGGAGGGAGAUCGAGGCGGCGCUCAGCGAGCGAGACCGGAAGAAGAAAAAGGCAGACGACGCGUACUCGCUCCUGGGAAUCGAACCCAGUGCGUCCGCGAAAGAGAUCAAGCGCGCGUACAAAAACUUGGCUCGCCAAAUCCACCCCGACGUCAUCGCCGCGUCCUCACCGGAGCCGCUUACCGCUUACGAGGAGGCGCAGGCGACCGAGCGCAUGCGAAAAAUCAACGAAGCCUAUGAGCGGCUCAUGCGCGUACAUGGCGGGAGGGGAAACACUGGGAGAGACUAG